CCGACGCUGAAAUUGCGUGCCUUCCAAUUGGGCUGAUAUUUUGCCUGGCUCCCUUCUUUGUCCCUGGAAAACUCCUGCGGCGCCAGCACUGCGCCAUCUUGUUGCAUGUUCGACACAGCAUUUAAGUUACGCGGCAGGGCUGCGCAUUUGGACGGGCAACCACGAUCGGGCCCUCACCCUGAUCACCAGAGCUUUCCGAGAGGGCAUCUAAAAUACAAAUAUGGGACAAGAUCUGUACGCCCUAGAUUUUGACGGCGUCCUCUGUGAUAGCUGCGGGGAGAGCUCACUAUCGGCGUGGAAGGCGGCUGCAAUCCAAUGGCCUGAGCUAUUUGCGGACGUGGGAGAAGGCGUGAAAGAGAAGGUCCUUGCGGACAUGCGGACGGUUCGGCCUGUCGUUGAGACUGGGUACGAGAACAUUCUCUUGGUGCGGCUGCUGCUUGAGAUGACGCAGCCGUCAUCCAAUGCAUCAAAGGUAGUUUCCGAGUUGAGCAUCGCGGCGUUGCUGACUGGUUGGGAGCAUGAGGUCAAGCCCGUUGCAAUGGCGGAGUGGGGCGUUGAGAAAGAACCCCUAGUGGAGCUCUUUGGCCGAGUGCGGGAUGACUGGAUGGAUCACGAUCUGCAUACCUGGAUUGCGGCCAACAGGUUCUACCCUGGAGUGAGUGACGCCCUCAAGUUCGCGUCGUCCAAGUUGUACAUCGUCACCACAAAGCAGACGCGUUUCGCCCUGGCGUUGCUGAAAGAGCUGGCGGGCGUCACCUUCCCCGAGGACCACAUCUACGGCCUGGGCACCGGUCCCAAAGUUGAGGUGUUGAAGAAGCUACAGGAGCGGCACAAGGGCGCGCGCUUGCAUUUCGUUGAAGACCGACUAGCGACGCUGAAGAACGUCAUCAAAGAUCCUGCCUUGAACGACUGGAAUUUGUACCUAGGUGACUGGGGCUACAACACGGCUGACGAGCGAAAGGAGGCUGAGUCCUUCGACAGGAUACACAUUGUCAAGCUAGACGAAUUCUGUGCAAAGCUAAAGUAGAGUCUUCGGUCGGGAUUGGAUUUAGAUCUUGAUCAAUAUUGCUUAAUCGACUGCCCAUAACAAUUCUCGUAUACGUGCAAAAGUGUCCACAGCCCCUCCAUUGUGCGAGGAGCCUAUUGCCGGCAGUUGCGCACGUACUUUAUUUUUGACAUUAAGAUCCUACUGUAUGCAGAUAGUGUCGUAAUUGAGAGCGCGGCAAAUUUACCAAUCUGCGCCUGGUCAAUGCCGCUAGUGUGCAGGUCGAUGGCCGUGUAGAAUUAUUAAUUCAUGAAGGA